CUGGCUGGAGCACCGGUGAGACUCCAGCAGCCAUGAGCUUCUGGGUGGACGAAUACAGGCCGUGCUACCUCGCCUGGCUGGACUAUCACAAGGAACAGGCGGCGCAGCUGAGCAACCUGAUGGUGAGUGUGCCUGUAGCAGGUGAAUGGUGUCUGUUGAUUAUUUUAAGGCAAAUUCCUCAAGAAAGAAUCCAGGAGCCACAAGGCCACAUCGUUUUCCCUAAAACAGAAGAGAGGGCUGAUUCUACAGGAAUCUUGACAUUCCAGGAUGUGGCAAUUGAUUUCUCUCCAGAUGAGUGGGACUGCCUCGACUUUGCACAAAGGGCUUUGUACAGGGAAGUCAUGUUGGAGAACUACAGUAACAUGGUCUCUGUGGGUAUUUCAGUGUCAAAACCAGAUCUGAUCAGCUCCCUUGAACAAGGCAAAGAGCCCUGGAAUGUGAACACAGGAGAGAAAGAAGGCAAUGAAAAAGUUUUCUAUUUUCAUCAAGCACAAGACCUAUUUUCACAGGAGAAUAGACAAGAUCCUAUUCAGAAAUUGAUAUCAGGAAUAGCUCAUAACCAGAAAGAAGAGAAGCAUUAUAUAAGCAAUCAAAAUGAAGAAAGUCAAAACAACUAUAUGGAAUGUGGAAGGUGCUUAUACAGAUGUGUAUGCCUCACGAUGUAUGAGAGAAUUAAUCCCAAAGAGAAGCCAUACAAAUGUAAAGAUUGUGGCAAGUCAUUUAACCAUUAUGCAAAUCUUCAAGCUCACCAGAGAAUCCAUACUGGUGAGAAACCUUACACAUGUCAAGCAUGUCGCAAGUCCUUUACCCAGGUGUCAGAUCUUCACAGACAUCACAGAGUCCAUACUGGUGAGAAACCUUACACGUGUCAAGAAUGUGGCAAGUCUUUUGCCCAUGUCUCAACACUUUAUAAUCAUCGCAGAACCCAUACUGGUGAGAAACCUUUCAGAUGUCAAGAAUGUGGCAAGGCCUUUACCAGGGCAUCAACUCUUUAUACUCAUCGCAGAAUCCAUACUGGUGAGAAACCUUACAGAUGUCAAACAUGUGGCAAGUCCUUUACCCAGAUCUCAAAUCUUCACAGUCAUCACAGAACCCAUACUGGUGAGAAACCUUACACAUGUCAAUCAUGUGGCAAAUCUUUUGCCCAUAACACAAAAUUUCAAUCUCACCAGAGAAUCCAUACUGGUGAGAAACCUUAUAGAUGUCAAGAAUGUGGCAAGUCCUUUACCUGGGCCUCAGCCCUUCACACUCAUCACAGAAUCCAUACUGGUGAGAAACCUUAUAGAUGUCAAGAAUGUGACAAGUCCUUUACCCAGAUCUCAAAUCUUCAUAUUCAUCACAGAAUCCAUACUGGUGAGAAACCUUACAGGUGUCAGGAAUGUGGAAAGUCCUUUACCUGUGCCUCAGCUCUUCACAGACAUCACAGAAUCCAUACUGGUGAGAAACCUUAUAGAUGUCAAGAAUGUGGCAAGUCCUUUACCCAGCCCUCAAAUCUUCAUAUUCAUCACAGAAUCCAUACUGGUGAGAAACCUUACAGAUGUCAAGAAUGUGGCAAGUCCUUUACCUGUGCCUCAACUCUUCUAUCUCAUCAAAGAAUUCAUACUGGUGAGAAACUUUACAGGUGUCAAGAAUGUGGAAAGUCCUUUACGUGGGUCUCAACACUUCUAUCUCAUCAAAGAAUUCAUACUGGUGAGAAACCUUACAGAUGUCAAGAAUGUGGCAAGUCCUUUGCCAGGGCCUCAAAUCUUCAUAACCAUCAAAGAAUUCAUACUGGUGAGAAACCUUACAGAUGUGAAGAAUGUGGCAAGUCCUUUACCCAGGUCUCAACUCUUCACACUCAUCACAGACUCCAUACUGGUGAGAAACCGUACAGAUGUCAAGAAUGUGGAAAGUCCUUUACCCAUAAAGCAACUCUUCACAUUCACUACAGACUCCAUACUGGUGACAAGCCUUACAAAUGUAAAGAAUGUGACAAGUCCUUUCACACAAAUUCAAGUCUUAGAAAGCAUCACAAAAUGCAUUUAAGGGAGAAGGCAGGCAAAUGUAAAGAUUGUGGCAAGUCAUUUAUCCGUCACACAAAAUUUCAAUCUGACCAGAGAAUUCAUACUGGUGAAGAACCUUACAGAUGUCAAGAAUGUGGUAAGUCCUUUACCUGGGCCUCAGCUUUUCAGAGACAUCACAGAAUCCAUACUGGUGAGAAACCUUAUAGAUGUCAAGAAUGUGGGAAGUCCUUUACCCAGCUCUCCAAUCUUCAUAUUCAUCACAGAAUCCAUACUGGUGAGAAACCUUACAGGUGUCAGGAAUGUGGAAAGUCCUUUACCUGUGCCUCAGCUCUUCACAGACAUCACAGAAUUCAUACUGGUGAGAAACCUUACAGGUGUCAAGAAUGUGGCAAGUCCUUUACCCAUGCCUCAACUCUUCUAUCUCAUCAAAGAAUUCAUACUGGUGAGAAACCUUAUAGAUGUCAAGAAUGUGGCAAGUCCUUUGCUAGGGCCUCAAAUCUUCAUAGCCAUCAAAGAAUUCAUACUGGUGAGAAACCAUACAGAUGUCAAGAAUGUGGCAAGUCCUUUGCCAGGGCCUCAAAUCUUCAUAACCAUCAAAGAAUUCAUUCUGGUGAGAAACCUUACAGGUGUCAAGAAUGUGGCAAGUCCUUUACGUGGGUCUCAACGAUUCUAUCUCAUCAAAGAAUUCAUACUGGUGAGAAACCUUACAGGUGUCAAGAAUGUGGCAAGUCCUUUACCCAGGUCUCACAUCUUCACACUCAUCACAGACUCCAUACUGGUGAGAAACCUUACAGAUGUCAAGAAUGUGGCAAGUCCUUUACCCGUAGAAAAACUCUUCACAUUCACCACAGACUCCAUACUGGUGACAAGCCUUACAAAUGUAAAGAAUGUGACAAGUCCUUUCACACAAAUUCAAGUCUUAGAAAGCAUCACAAAAUGCAUUUAAUGGGUACAUUUCAUGAAAUUUCUUAG